UAUAAAUACAACUACAAGUUAACAAAAACAAAACGAAAACGUAACAACCUAUCUUGCCCCCAACAAACAACACAACACACCUUCCUUAACCCUCUCACCAUGUCAACCACCUCAGUAAUUAUCAUCGGCGCUGGAAUCUCCGGAAUAACGGCGGCGAAGGAGCUCGUGAAGAACGGAGUAGAAGACGUAUUGAUCCUCGAGGCAACGGAACGGAUCGGUGGGAGAAUACAAAAACAGAGUUUUGGUGACGUGUCGGUGGAGCUUGGUGCGGGUUGGAUAGCUGGAGUCGGUGGUAAAGAGUCUAACCCUGUUUGGGAGCUUGCUUCUCGUCUUAAUCUACGUACUUGCUUCUCUGACUACACUAAUGCUCGUUACAAUAUCUAUGAUCGAAGUGGAGAAAUCUUUCCGACUAGUUUCGCUGCUGACUCGUAUAAGAAGGCUGUUGACUCGGCGAUUUUGAAGUUAAAGAGUCUUGAAGCUGAAUGUGCUGGUCAAGAAACUGAAGAAGCUCCUUCGUCACCAGAGACGCCAAUAGACCUCGCUAUUGACUUCAUUCUGCAUGAUUUCGAGAUGGCAGAGGUUGAACCAAUAUCGACUUACGUGGACUUCGGUGAAAGGGAAUAUUUGGUUGCUGAUGAAAGAGGUUAUGAAUCUUUGCUUUAUAAAAUGGCUGAGGGGUUUCUCUAUACUUCAGAUGGUAACAUCUUGGACAACCGCCUCAAACUAAACAAGGUGGUUAGGGAGGUGCAACAGUCAAGGAAUGGUGUUGUGGUGAAAACAGAGGAUGGUUCCGAAUACGAGGCUAAUUAUGUGAUCGUGUCUGCUAGUAUCGGUGUUCUCCAAUCCAAUCUUAUCUCAUUCCACCCUCCUUUACCGAAAUGGAAAACAGAAGCAAUACAAGAAUGUGAUGUGAUGGUGUACACAAAGAUCUUCCUAAAAUUCCCUAACUGUUUCUGGCCAUGUGGUCCUGGUCAAGAGUUUUUCAUCUAUGCACACGAACAACGCGGCUACUUCACCUUUUGGCAGCACAUGGAAAAUGCUUACCCGGGGUCUAACAUUCUGGUCGUGACGUUGACUAACGAGCAGUCAAAGCGCGUGGAAUCACAAUCAGACGAGGAGACACUGAAAGAGGCAAUGAGUGUUCUCAGAGACAUGUUUGGUCCCACUAUUCCUUACGCAACUGAUGUUCUUGUCCCAAGAUGGUGGAACAACCGGUUCCAGCGCGGUAGCUACAGCAAUUACCCUAUGAUAUCUGAUAAUCAACUUCUCCGUAAUAUCAAGGCUCCAUUUGGAAGGAUAUUUUUCACAGGAGAACAUACAAGUGAGAAGUUUAGUGGAUAUGUACAUGGAGGAUACCUUGCGGGUAUGGACACAAGCAAGUCUUUGUUGGAAGAGAUGAAACAGAGUUUGUUGUUACAACCUUUACUUGACUUCACAGAGUCUCUAACACAAACAGACAAGCGUUCUAAUUCUCAAAUGUACACUAAUGUCAAUUUAAUCUCAGGGAGAAGCUAA